UAAGAGGACACUGUUCGAGUGAUACGUUGUGUAAAAGUGCGAGAAUAUUUGUUGAAUUUUAUUGCAUUGAUUUUGAAAUUAAUUGUUCUCUUCAAGGAUCAGGGUGUAAGAAUGAAUGAAGCUUCGAUUCGAGUUCCACCGAGAAGGUUUUCUGAAGAUGGAAUGAACAAUAUGAACCUGCCAGCACCAAAGAAGUUACGGAGAAGUCUAGAAGAGUUUAACUCGUUUUGUAGUUAUGUUUUGGCCUACGAAGCAAGGCUACAAGAGGAACGUCGAAGAAGACAAAGUCCAAAAUCUUCAGGGGAAGAAAGCACAAGCUCUAGCACAGAUUCAGCUUACAGUGAAAGUCUUUCAUCGCCAGAUAGUUCAGAUGAACGGUUGCUUGAUAAUGUUGACGAGGAAUACGACUCAGGCGACGAAUCGUGGAAUAAAGUAACUUGUUUUUGCGAAAAGCCUUUUGCAGGUCGGCCAAUGAUAGAGUGUUCAGAGUGUCUUAUUUGGAUCCACUUAUCCUGUGCAAAAAUUCGAAAGUCUAAUGUUCCAGAAGUUUUUGUUUGUCAAAAGUGUCGGGAUGCAAGGCACACAAUGCGUAGAUCACAAAGGGUGAAGACAAGUCCUAGUCCUAAGCGCACUUGAUAAAUUGGCAUACCUAGAUUUUAUGUAUAAAUUUGUAAAUAGAUUUAUUUCAGGAAACCUAAAAGUUUAUGCGGGCAUUUAUUGUGUAUUUGUGCAAAGAAAUUUAUAUGAUUGUUGCAUGUUUGGCAAAAGAUUGACCAAAUGUAUAGAUUUUAAAGUUGUCUGAUAAGAUUUAUGGGUUAAAUUUAAUUGCCAUAAAGAGAUGUGUUUACUUAAAACAAUACUGUUAAAGUUCGUACUUUGGCUUGAAACCGAUUGACAAAUGUUGAAGGAGUUAUCUCUCUUUUCCUUCCAUAGUGUGUUGAGUAGAUGUGUGUAAUUACAAUGGAUGGGAAACCAUGCUGUUAAUUAAGGAACAGCCUAGUUAAAUUACUUGGAAUGAAAACAUAACACUUGCAUUUGUUAUUCGGUAUCAAUCCUCUUGUAAUUGCAAUAGAAAGACUUCAUUUUGUCAUUAA